AUGACGCUGAGUGAAGUCUUCCGGUCGCUCAAUCUCACGGGCUACGAUCUCAGCGUUGACACGCUGGAUAUGCACGCGAGCAAUACGUUUCACCGUUUUGAUCGGUUUAAUUUAAAGUAUAAUCCUGCUGGACAAAGUCGAUUGCGUGAGAUUUUUCUAAAGACGGAUAACCUGAUUGCUGGCAAGUAUUUGGCUGAAAUUACAAAGGAGGUCAUUUCUGACCUACAUGCCAGUAAAUACCAACUUGUAGAGUGGCGUAUUUCGAUCUACGGACGGAAACAAUCGGAAUGGGACAAGCUGAGUCGAUGGAUGUACGUAAACAAGCUAUCGUCUCCACAUGUGCGAUGGAUGAUUCAGAUUCCACGACUCUACUUUUUGUACAAGAACCUGGGCGAGGUUGACAAUUUUCAGCAAAUGCUCGACCACAUAUUCCUGCCGCUGUUCGAGGUCACACGCGAUCCGUCGAGCAACCUGCCGCUGCAUUACUUUCUCGAGACUGUGGUCGGCUUUGACAGCGUGGACGAUGAGAGUAAAGCAGAACCUUUCCGAGCUGAGCGUGGUAAAAAGCUACCAAAGCCGCACGAGUGGACUAACGAAGCCAACCCGCCGUACGACUACUGGUGCUACUACUUGUACGCGAACAUUGCUUCGCUGAACGAGUUUCGUCGCAGGAAGGGCCUCAACAUUUUUUCAUUGCGACCGCAUUCUGGUGAAGCAGGCGAUCCCGAACACUUGGCUGCUGCUUACCUCACAGCUAAUGGCAUUAAUCACGGCAUCACGCUCCGAAAGUCUGUCGGCCUGCAGUACCUGUACUACCUCACGCAGAUCGGUAUUGCCAUGUCACCGCUGAGCAACAAUCGGUUGUUCCUGGACUAUCACCGGAAUCCGUUCCCGAUCUAUCACGCGCGUGGUUUGAACGUCUCGCUAAGCACCGAUGAUCCUGUCAUGCUCCACUAUACAAAAGAUCCGCUACUUGAAGAGUACUCGGUAGCGGUGCAGGUGUGGAAGCUGACGUCCACGGACAUGUGUGAGAUCGCGCGCAACUCGGUACUGCAGUCGGGUUUCGAGCACAAGUUCAAGGAGCAUUUCCUCGGCCCCAAGUACACACUACCAGGAUCACGUGGCAAUGAUAUUCGCAUGUCAAACGUACCGAACAUUCGGCUCGACUACCGUCACGAGACCCUUCAGGGUGAACUAGCAUUCAUCCAAACAUAA